GGCUUACUUUAUUUGUACAGUCAGGGGCUUUGCUUGUCAGUCAGUGGCCCACCGGUGCCUGCCCAUUGCGCAAUCACUGUAGAACAAUCGAUAGGAACAACUUCUGGACUGGGAAACAAGUGUAGCACUUCAUCACACCAAGAUGCUCUAUGUACUGAUCGCAGAAAAGGGAAGUGAGGAGCUUUUCUCGGUGCAUUGUUUAUCCAUUAUCGAUGAUCAAGAAACAGUCUCAAACUGUCCAAACUUGUAUCCGAGCUUUAAGAGUCAUAGAAGGAGCCUUACCACAUCGUCAGAGGCUUCUACACCACAGCAAGUACCACUCGUGACUCACCUAGACCUAAUUUAAAAAGCUGGGCAUUGAUCAUGACCCGUGUGUACCAUCGAGGACGAUAUCUUGAUCACAAUGAUUAUCAUCGCCAAUCCGCAGUAACUCAGACGCUAAAAGCAAUCCCAUUCAGCAUGCCAUGGCAU